AUGCACCCCUUCCCCCUCCCCGCCUCCAACAUCAGCCCCGCCUUCUUCUCCCGUCCCGAACAGCGCACCAUGACCUUCCUCACAGCCCCGCCCCCGCUCGCAGAUACCAUUACCCUCCAAGUUUACUACGGCGUAUCUUCCCCUUGGGCCUUUCUGGGCGCACCAGAGAUCGAUAGGAUAGCCAAGCAGUAUGGCUUGACUAUCUACUUGAAACCCAUCACCGUCAUUGUCGAGAAUGGUGGUAUCAGACUCAAAGCCCGACACGAAGCCCGUCAAGCAUACCACGCCCUCGACCUCAUCCGCACCGCCCAAUUCCUCCAAAUCCCACUCAAAUCAUCCCCCAAAUACUACCCCCAACCUCCCGGCGGCAUCGAGCUAUCAGCACAGGCCAUCAUCCGUAUUCAGCGCAAGUUUGGGGUAGGCGCGAGGGAGGCGAGGCGGUUUUCGUAUCAGGUGCAGAGGUGUAUAUGGGAGACGGAGGAGGGGGAUCAUUGUGAUUUGGAGGUACUGAAAAUGCUAGGGAGGAAGGCGGGGUUGGAGGAAGGGGAUGUGCAGGAGCUUAUUGUGGAUCGACGUGGGGAUGCGCGCGAUGAAGCUGUCAAGGAGUGGAACAGGAACCACGUCGAAGCUCUGACCAAAAUGCUAGGCAUCUUUGGUACACCCGACUAUGUCCUCAACGAUGAGAUCUUCUGGGGCCAAGACCGUUUGUGGAUGUUGGAAGCGCGGGUGAAGGAGCUUUUGGAGCAUGGCGCUAAACCUCUGAAGUAUGAUUUGUAG